AUGCGGCUACUCUACAUCAUAAGCGAUGGCAAUUUCAGGUUUACGGAAGACAUCAUUCGUACUGACAAGAUUCCUCCCUAUGCUAUCCUCUCCCACACCUGGGGUGAUGAAGAGGUGGUUUUUAACGAUGUAAAGACGUUUGGUCUGCAGGACAUCGCAACAAAGAAGAAAGGCGCUUGGGAGAAGAUCCGCUUCUGUGCACGACAAGCGAAGCUUGACGGCCUAGAACACUUCUGGGUGGACACUUGCUGCAUCGACAGGGCAAAUCACACGGAGCUCUCUGAGGCGAUCAACUCGAUGUUCCGCUGGUAUCAGAAAGCAGACAAGUGCUAUGUCUACCUUCCAGAUGUCAAGGGCAAGUCUUCCGCAGAAGAGAGCAGACCGUCCUCAGAAUGGGAAGCUGCGUUUAGGGUGAGCAGGUGGUUUACCCGAGGUUGGACGCUUCAAGAGCUUCUAGCUCCGCGCUCCGUCGAGUUCUUCUCUGCAGACGGAGCGCGGCUGGGUGACAAAGAUUCGCUAAACCAGACUAUACACGAGGUUACUCAGAUACCGAUCGAGGCUCUGUCAGGGAGCGACUUGUCAAAUUUCGAUGUCACUGAACGUUUCUCUUGGGCACAAAAGCGUCAAACGACGCGUGAAGAGGACGGUGCCUAUUGUCUAUUAGGCAUAGUUGACUGCCCUCUACCACUGAUAUAUGGUGAAGGGAAAGAGAACGCCUUGAAGCGAUUAAGGAAAGAGAUGCAAGGACGAGAGGAGAAGAUUAGCCAAAUACGCAGCUGGCUUUCCGCACCCGACCCAUCUAUGAACUACCUCAAAGCGCACAAGCAGCGGCAGGCGGGAACUGGGCUAUGGCUGCUACAGAACGAAACGUUCGAGGAAUGGAAGGAAGACCCAGCCUCGCGACUAUGGCUUCAUGGGAUACCAGGUUGUGGAAAGACCAUCCUGAGCUCUACUGUUGUCGAGCAUUUGCAGCACCACUGCGGUGAUGACAAACGUAAAAUGACGGUGUACUUUUACUUUGACUUCAACGACGCACAGAAGCAGGUUCCAGAGCUUAUGCUCCGCUCAUUACUCCGCCAGCUCCUGCAACGUUCGGUAACGAUACCUGUGGUCGUCGACGCGUUAUUCUCCUCCUGCAAAGAUGGAAAAGAACAGCCAUCGCUGCAAGCACUUCUGAAAGUGACACCAGAGGCGAUGCGACAGUUUUCGCAUGUGUACGUCGUUAUUGAUGCGCUCGAUGAGUCUGCAAAACGGGUAGAACUGAUGGAGCUACUUGAAACACUGGCUGGAUGGCAACUUGACAUGUCGCAUCUGCUCAUGACCAGCCGGAAAGAGCGGGAUAUCGAGAUGUCCUUGAACACUUUCGUUUUGAAAGAUAACAUGAUCUGUCUUCAAAGAGGCGUAGUGGAUGCAGACAUAUUACGAUUCGUUCAACAAAAGCUGAGUGACGAUAAGCGGCUGGCAAAAUGGAACAAGAACGCUGAAGUCAGGCAAGAGGUCGAAACAGCACUGAUGCGAGGGGCACAAGGAAUGUUCCGAUGGGCUACAUGUCAGCUUGACGUAAUAGCAGAGUGUCGCAAUCUAUCUAUGUUACGAAAGUCGCUCGCUACCUUGCCGCAAACGCUAGACCAGACAUACGACCGCAUUCUCACAGCCAUCAAGGAAGAGGACCGCAUGUACACAAUUCGGAUUUUACAAUGGCUCACGUUUUCUGCCAGGCCGCUCUCUCUUGAAGAAGUUGCCGAAGUUGCCGCCAUCGAUGUUGCGCGCGAGCCCGCGUUCGAUUGUGAUGAAGUACUAGUGGAUCCUCUAGAAGCGUUAGAAAUCUGCUCCAGUCUAGUCACUGUCAAAAUGGAGGAGUCGGAUUCGUAUCGGGAUUGGAUCCUGGAUAUGGAUCAGGAUUACUAUUCGGAGCCUGAGGUGCUAUCCGGGAUAGUCACCCUUGCACACUACUCGGUCCAGGAGUACCUUGUCUCAGAAAGAAUCAAGCUAGGGCCGGCAAAGCAGUACAGUAUGACGGAGUCGGGAUGUCACAAAGCAAUGACGAUUGGCUGUUUGGGAUACCUGAAUCGUUUCCAAGGACCACUUAGUAAAGAGCUCUAUAACCGUUCACCACUUGCUGGGUAUUGUGCAAAGUUCUGGAUCGAUCACUUCCACAAGACGCCCGACCGAGAUGAAGAAAUGAGUCGACUAGUCAUAAGUCUGUUACUAACGGACAAGCACGUACUUGCCAACUCGAUUCGAAUUUACGAUCCAUAUGAGGGUGAUCUCAUUUUAGAGGAGCCAUACGAAGACCAAGAUGAUUCAAAAGAGAUGACAACAUCUCUUCACUACGCAUCGUUCCUGGGCUUGGAAACGGUCACGAAACUGCUUUUGGAUCAAGACGUCGAUGUUAACGCGCAACCUGGACCAUACGGUAGCGCGCUAUUUACAGCCGUGUCGCAAGGACACAUGGCAGUGGUUGAACUGCUAAUCAACGCGAAAGCCGACGUCAACCUUGGUCACGAAAGUGUACUGAAUCAGGCUUUCGAAUGGGCCGACGUGGAGAUGGUCAACGUAUUAAUCGAUGCAGGCGCCGACGUCAACACGCUAGGGGAUGAUGGAUAUCCAAUACAAAUUGCUUCGUGGAGAAACGACGAGGUACUGGUCAAGAAGCUCUUAGAUGCGAAUGCAGACAUCAACGCCCGGGAUGAAAAAGGCCUCGAUGCACUCAUGUGGGCACUAUUUCCUCGAACCAACGAGGCAGUAGUCAAGCUACUGAUUGAUGCUGGCGCCGACGUCAACACGCGAAACAGUAAAGACGGCAGUGCACUCAUACUAGCGUUACGUCGGUGGAACACAGAGGAAAGGAAAAAGCUAUGGAUUGAUGAUAUCGCCGACGCCAACGAGCGAGACAGUGAACACCGCAGCUCACUACGGUCAUUACGUGAGUUCGAAGCAGUAGUCAAGCUACUGAUUGAUGCUGGCGCCGACGUCAACUGGCGAGACAAUCAACACAGCAGUGCACUCACACUGGCGUUAAGUAAAUGGGAGGGAGAAGUGGAGAAGCUAAGAGUAGUCAAGCUACUGAUUGAUGCUGGCGCCGACGCCAACGCGCGAGACAGUGAGCACGGCAGUGCACUACAAAUAGCUUCACACUCAGGCAAUGAGGCAAUGGUAAGGCUGCUGAUAGAGGCGGGCGCAGAUGUGGACGCUCCUAGUGCCAACGAAUUUCGCGACGAAGCUGGGACGUAUUGCGAUCGCCUGGCAUUAAUUGGUGGUCAUCAGAGCCUGAAUGCACUACAAAUAGCUUCAGCCGGCGGCCACACCGCAGUGGUCAAGUUGCUGCUUGAUGCGGGCGCCGAUAUUGAUGCUGAGGGUGGAACAGGAAGGAAGUUCGUCGGCAGGCACGGUCCAGCAGAGUCGGCCAAACUUGCUUUGAUCAACCGGAUACUACGUUCGUCGUUUCGGCAUCUGUCGCAAUUGGACUAA